AUGGAUUCGCUUGCAGACCUCUGGGCUCGCUCUGGCAAGAAGAAUCAGCGUCUCUACCAAGGCGGUACAGGAGACAUUGUCAAGGAGCUGGAGGCAUGGGUUGGGCGUCGCAAGGCCCACAACAACGUGUACAUGGACGUAACAUGGAAGAUGUUCGAUGUCAUGGAUUCGCUUCAACAGCUUUCCAACCAGCCUAGUGGGGUUCAGGAAGAACAUGUUCUCGGGAUGGUGGCUACACAGAUGGGCAACCUUGACCGCAGCCGGAACCUUGAGCAAGAAAAGGAGAGAGAGACGCUUCUAGCCGACUUCUUCCUCGCCUCUCUCCGAAAUCGUGGUAUCCGCUGGCCACAGAUGCCUCGCACCGAAAAAACUCAAGCCGAUGCGGACGUCUGUGCAUUUCUGGGGACUGUGGAUCAAGGUUUCAAUCCUCAAAUGGAGCUGGAGAUCUUGGAGGACAGCACACGUAUUACCCAGUGGCAAGCCGAGCUCAGAGAAAGAGACGCCAUACGUGCACAGGAGAUUGCCAACGAUCCUAUACCUGGAGUGAACACCCACCCCAUUGGACUGGUCGGAGCUCGGUUCAGGCAAGAAGUUGGCAGAGACCCUACGAUAUCUACGAGACAAGCUCUUACCAAUGCUGCGCAUGGUAUCAUGAUUCCAGACGCUGUGGACUUUGCUAUGGGUGGCAGUUCUACGAACACAACCAGCACUCCUAGCGCCACCCGCGAAGCAACUCGCGCUACGGGCGAGAAUGCCCCUACGACAGACUAUGCGGCUGUCUACAUUGCCGACAUGCUUGGCAAUAUCAACAUAGCUACGGAUCCUUCAUCCAUUACCGUGGCCAAUUUACCUGACAGUAUGAAUACUGCUGCGGCUUCUUCAUCGAGCAAUGCUCCUGCCGCCCCUGACAUCACAUAUGUUGCUCUGGAGGCUUCGUCCAGCACUCCCGCCAACACCUCUGUCAAUACAAACAUCACUGCGGUUACCGAAACUGGUACCAACGAUCAGACCCUGCCUGGAACGGAUGGCCAAGACGAAGUCAGCAAGACAACAAAGGCUAAGAAGAAGAGAGAGGGUAGGAAGAGAGCCAAGGCUCGAGCAAAGGAGGCGGCAACGGAAGCAGGAGAUUCCGUUGGCAAUGAUGAUGAUGACGACGGGGAUGUUCCGGACCUCAUGGAUGAUUGA